AUGACGAUCACUCCUGAGGACUACACAGCUUUGACGGGCUUGACCUUUACAGGGAACCCCGUUCGUCUGAGGUCGGAUGGCCCAUCGCCGACUGUUGCUGAGGGUACCAGGCUCCUGGGCUCGUGGAUGGGUAGUAGAUUACCUUCGUACCAGCCCCGUGGGAUACCUUUCGCUGACCUGAUGUGGGCUUUGGAGCAUGGGGUAGAGGAGUCGCCUUCGAGACAGGCUCGGCUGUUCUACCUCCAUUUUAUUACUUCCACUUUUCUAUCGGGUCCGACUGACACCUUUCACCCGAGGUGGAUAGGCAUGGUGGAGGACGUGUCUACACUGGUUGACUAUCGCUGGGGCGAUUUGGGCAAUGCGACGCUUGUCGGCCAGAUGAGUUUGUCGGUGCGCGACUCGGACCCGAGUAGACGUCACUUUGUGAUUACAUUAGCGGGAGUGCCGCGUUUGAUCGAGCUGUGGGCCUUUGAGCACUUACCUUGGCUGGCUCCCCGAAAGGGGUAGAGGCCUUUGGAGUUCCCUGCCGGUCGCCGUUGGGGUUGGAAGAAGAAGCUGACAGUGCGUCCACCGCCCGAUACCGUGUGGGAUCUUAUU